AUGACCGACCUCACGGAUGCAACAAACGAGCAACUGCACAUCAGCAAUGGCGCCAUCCCUGCACAAUCCCAUGAUGCAGCAGAGCAGACCGUCACCGCCAUGGCUCAAGCAGACUCCAUCUCUGCCGACGAAAUCGCCCUAUACGACCGUCAAAUCCGCCUGUGGGGAGUCCAGGCGCAGGAGAAAAUCCGCACCGCCAACGUCCUCCUCGUCUCCAUCAAAGCGCUCGCCAACGAAAUCGCAAAAAACCUCGUCCUCGCCGGCAUAGGCUCCAUCACACUCGCAGACCAUGAGCUCGUCACUGAGGAGGACCUGGGCGCCCAAUUCUUCAUCACCGACGAAGAUGUAGGCAAAAACCGCGCCCAAGCAGCAGCCCCCCAAGUCCAAAAACUCAACCCACGCGUCAAAGUAAACGUCCUGACCACCGACAUCCGCAACGAGCAAGACCCCAGCUUCUACGCCGCCUACGACAUCAUCAUUGCAACUGACAUGGACUUCCUCUCCUCUAGUGCCCUCAACGCCGGUGCCCGCAUCGCGCGCAAGCCCUUCUAUGCCAGCGCCUCUCAUGGCAUGUACGGCUACAUCUUCGCCGACCUCGUCUCCCACAGCUUUGUCAUCGAGCGCGAGAAGAGCAACCGGGCCACACAGACAGGCCCAGAAAGCGCAACACGCAGCGUCCAAUCCGUCUCGGUGAAGCGGGAGAGCGGCAAAGUCGUCGAAAUGGUCACCAAGCAGGAACUCUACUCUCCCCUCAUGCUAGCCAAGGACUCGCCCCUCGCCACCGACAUUUCAAACAACGCCCGCCGCCUGAAAAAAGUCCACCCCCUCCUCACCUGCGUCCGCGCCCUCUGGGAAUUCCAACGCAACGGCCACGGCAUCUACCCAACCCACACCCCACAGGACCUCCAGCUCUUCACCACCCUCGCCAACAUCAAACACCAAGAACUCUUCCUCCCCUCCGAAACCCUCACCGCAGACUUCCUCCGCAGUUUCUUGCAGAAUCUCGGCAGCGAAAUCGCGCCCGUCACGGCGUUUCUGGGCGGCCAGCUCGCUCAGGAUGUCAUCAAUGUGCUUGGCCAGCGCGAGCAGCCGAUUCAAAAUCUCAUGCUGUUUGACGGCGAGGACAGCGCGGGGCCUGUAUACUCGCUUCAUCCCAUUUUUCCGGCUACGAGUGUGCCCGUGUUGAGUAGUGUGCCUGUUGAGGCGCCGGUGAUUGCUGUCUAG